UCAAAUGUUGUAAAUUCUUCUUCUGUCCUGGCUGUGAAAGUCAUUCGACACCUGCCUCUCCGUCUGCAGGCAGUCAUGGCAAGUGAUUUCGCCAUCUCUCGCUUCAAACACCUGAAGAAGCUCCUCCUGGUUCACGGACACUGGUGCUACACACGUCUGGCCAACAUGAUAAUCUACUUCUUCUAUAAGAAUGUGGCCUACGUGAACCUGCUCUUCUGGUAUCAGUUCUUCUGCGGCUUCUCCGGCACAGCCAUGAUUGACUACUGGCUGAUGAUUUUUUUCAACCUUUUCUUCACCUCUGUGCCACCCAUCAUGUAUGGAAUAAUGGACAAAGAUGUUUCUGCAGAGAUACUGCUGGGGCUUCCUGAGCUCUACAGGACGGGACAGGGCACGGGGGUCAGUGACAUAACAGUCAAGUGUCAAAGAGUCACAUUUUACCUCAAUUGACUUUUCUGUCUUAACAUGAAAAUUAAAUGGAGAAAACUAUGUUUAAUCUAGUAUUACUAUUUUUUACCAGUGACAUUAGCAGUAAGAUAUAUUAAUUAUGCUGAUAUGGAGGUC